AUGUCGGUCCUUCUAGAGACCAGCCUAGGCGACAUCGUGAUCGACCUGUUGGUUGACUACGCGCCCAAGGAGUGCGAAAACUUCCUCAAACUUUGCAAGGCCAAAUACUACAACUUCUCUCCCGUCCACUCCGUUCAACCCAACUUCUCCUUUCAGACUGGUGACCCUCUGGGUCCCAACUCCAAAGAAUCCGAUGGUGGCUCGUCGAUAUGGGGGUUGCUCUCAGGCUCGUCCAAGAGGACAUUUCCUGCGACCUUCAACCCGAAGCUGAAGCAUCUCGAGCGCGGAACAGUCUCUAUGGCCACAGCACCACAUCCUUCCGACCCCGACGUGAGACUAGCAGCCAGCCAGUUCAUAGUCACCUUGGGGGACAACACGGACUAUCUAGAUGGCCGCGCAUCUAUAUUCGGCAAGGUAGUCGAGGGAUUCGAUGCGCUCGAGAAGAUCAACGGCGCCAUAACCGACAAGGAUGGCCAGCCACUAGUCGACAUACGGAUCAAACACACGGUAGUCCUCGACGACCCAUACUCCGAUCCCGCAGGCUUAAGGGAGCCGAGUUCCAGCCCACCGCCGAGCAAAGCGCAACUUGCCACCGUACGAAUAGCCGACGACGCCGACCUGAAUGAAGAGGUCGACGAGGAGGCAGCCGCCAAGAAGCGGCGCGAGGCCGAGGCGCGCGCCCAGGCACUGACACUCGAGAUGAUGGGCGAUCUGCCGUUCGCCGAAGUCAAACCUCCCGAAAAUGUCCUGUUCGUGUGCAAGCUCAACCCGGUGACCCGCGACGAGGAUCUCGAACUCAUAUUCUCCCGUUUCGGCAAGAUUCUAAGUUGCGAGGUGAUUCGUGACAAGAAGACGGGCGACUCCCUGCAAUAUGCCUUCAUCGAGUUUGAGGAAAAAGCCUCCUCCGAGGCCGCCUACUUCAAGAUGCAAGGUGUACUGAUUGACGACCGGAGGAUACAUGUCGACUUUUCUCAGAGUGUGAGCAAGCUCAGCGACGUAUGGCGAAGCAGCGAGAAUGCCAAGAGAUCGCGUACAUCUGGCGGCGGUGGGUGGGGUGGUGUUGAAGGCCUGGAGAAGUGGCGCAAAUACAGGGUGGACAGGGGAGAGAAUGAGGAUCGCAAUGGCAAGUACGGCAUGGUCUACGACAAAGAUGAUGUGCGCCGCCGCCGGGAGGGACGAAGCGAUGCAAAAAAUGCUCCUGAGGAUGACGCCGAAGACAGUAGGCCACAGGAUACUGGUCGUCCCGAGAGAGGUCAAGACAGGAGACGGGGCGGCGACAGACGUGACUGGAACAAGGAGGCCAGGACGCGAAGUCGCAGUCGAAGCCCUAGAAGAGACACUUAUCGCGACAAUCAGGAUCGCUGGGGUAGGGAUGAUGACAAAAGAAGGGACGAUCGGCCUAGAGCUCGACACGCCGAUCGCGAUAGGCGGGAUCGUGACCGAGAUGGAGGCAGAGGUAGAGGUUACGGCGAUUCGCAGAGAAGAUGA